AUGCAUUUUCGAGGAUUUGAAAUUGAGGUAUUAGUAAAUAAUGUGUUACUUGAUGAAUACCGUGGACCUAGAAAUAGUGUACCGUAUAGAUAUACCAGUCCAAAUUGGGUUGAUAAUGAAAAAACAAGAGUACGAAAUGAAAGCCCAUAUCUUCAUUACAUAGCUUUCAGAACCGUACCAACCUAUUUCACUGUUCGAGUUUCAUCUACGGAUACUACAUAUCAACGACCGCUUCGAGUAUUAAUAAAAAUUGAUGGAAUUUCACCGCCAAAUUAUCCAACAAUCGACCUCUAUGGAGUCGAGAAGAAACAGCAAAAUUAUGUAGUAAAUAAUAAUCCUAAACUGGUUGGUGCGAUAUCUGCUUACUUUUAUCCCACGAUUUCUUCUCAUGUAAAAUCCAAUGUUCCUGUUGCUUUGUUGCAUUUACAUUAUCGUUCAGUUGAUGAGUUGAGACAGUGGGGAUUUAAUGUUCCGCUAGAUGUUAAGCAAGAUGGUAUAGAUAACGAUGAAAGACAGAUUAAAUGGGAGAAUAUUGAUGAUAUUGAAGGGUGA